CUCCUGCACGUCAUCAACCCCCCUCCCUUAUAAUUCCACCCCUUCCUCCUACACUUGACACCUAAUUAAUUAGCGUACCACCGACAACAACAAUGGUUCCGAAGCGAGAACGUUACGGCCACUUCAGCAGCAGCAACAGCAGCAGCAGUAAUACUAGUACUACUGCUAAUAAUAAUAUUUCGCAGUUCCACUCCCGCCUCUCUCGCGACGAAGAGCACGCCAUCAUCGUCUCCGCCCUCGUCCACGUCAUCUCCGGCUACGCCACCGCCCCGCCCGACCUCCCCCUGCUGGCUCGCCCCAACGCCUGCCGCCUCUGCCGCAUCGACGGCUGCCUCGGCUGCGGCUUCUUCUCAUUCAGCACCGGCAAGGAGGAGACCGCCGCAACUGCCGCAGCGGCGGCGGCAGCGCCGCGUGUCGACGAGGCGCAGCGGGGGCGGAAGAAGAAGAAGAACAAGUACAGAGGGGUGCGGCAGCGGCCGUGGGGGAAAUGGGCCGCGGAGAUCCGCGACCCGCGCCGCGCGGUGCGCAAGUGGCUGGGCACGUUCGACACGGCCGAGGAGGCGGCGCUGGCCUACGAUCGCGCCGCCAUCGAGUUCCGCGGCCCCCGCGCCAAGCUCAACUUCCCCUUCCCGGAACAGCCGCACCAGGGCACCGAUCACGACCUCGGUUCCCCGCCGACGCCGUCGAAUUAUCCAACAAUGCAGAAACAAGAGAGUAGUAACAACAAUGAAGACGACGACAACAACAACAACGCUACAAGCCGAGGCGAGGGGGCGGAAACGGUGGAUAUAUGGGACGGGCUACAGGAUCUGAUGCAGCUCGACGAUGGAGAGAUGUGGUUCCCGCCAUUUUAGUGAUUAAUGAAGCUUCAAAUAUGCAUGUAAUUAAAUCCGGAAAUAUUGUUUUUAUAUAAUUCCGGACUUAGAUUAGGAGGAAUUAAUCAAUUGCAGAUAUAUUUGUAUUAGUUUGAUUAUUACGUGCACAAAGUAAAAAAAGUGAGCGAGUAUACCCAACAGUA